CUGCAGAUGGCUAGACUGGAAAACACAUUUCCUCUUAAUUUUGAUUCCAUUAUUCUAUGUGUGACAGUCGUUUAACGCACUAUAACAGAAUUUGUAAACAUUAAAUUAUAUGUAAUCUUCUUUGAUUGUGAAUAAAUUUUAGCUAUUUCUGACACAAAAUAACCGUAAAAUAGCGAGAACUUAUGUUUACUAAAAUCGAAUUAAAAUCUUUCAUGCAGUAAUUGUGUAAUCCCUAUACGCGAUUUUUUACAAGACGGACGAUUUAUGUUACAAAUAUAAUGAAUUAUACAAAAAGAACUAAAAAUCCCGAUGCGAUCGACCAAUGGUUAGAAUCGCACGGGUAUUAUCGAAAGCACACAGCUCGCGACUCCACUUGUUUAUUCAGGGUGUUUUCUGAGCAGCUAUUUCUAACACAAAAAUACCAUAAAUUAGUGAGAGCCGAGUGUGUAAAAUACAUGAAAGAUAACGCUAGUUUGUUUGAAAAUGAUAUUGACGGAUCUCUAGAAGUAUACCUUGAAGCGAUGUCUGAAAUAAAUGAAUUUGGGGGUUUGCUAGAAAUUGCUGCAAUGAGCAGAUUAUAUCAAUGUGAAGUAUUUAUAUUUGAAAAAACAACUGAGCCGCUCAAUGUUACUAAUAACGGUUUUUCUAAAAGAGUACUAAUGUUCCACGCUGAUAAGCACUAUGACUCUGUGUUCCAUAAAACAUACAUACAAAAUGCUGCUUUUUGCCAAUCUCUGGUAUAUCAAACUUUAUAUAAGUUUGUUUUUAAAUUACCUGAUGUGGAUUUUGCUGUAAAUAAAAUGCUUCAUGAAUCUUCUGGUGUUGGUGAUAUGAAAUCUGAAAUUCUGCAACAAGUCAAUGAAGAUAAUCAAACUCGAUGCACAGCUAUCAAUAAUGAAAUAUCUCAAUGUGAAAUGGAAGCAGAUCCAUUCAGCACAUUAUGUGUUCUAGAAGACAUUUCCAAAUGCAUGUUUCAUUAUCAUGCUCUAAAUAACACUGCUUUCAGUAAAAAAGCAUAUAUGAAUUGUGAUAAUCAAGAACCAAAUUCAGCUGAAAUUUUUCAACAAAUUGAUACUAAAUGCUCUAAAACAUGUUUCACCUCAAAUAAUUAUGGUAGUGAAAUAAUAAGCAAUGAAAAUAGUUCUUUAGAAAUUCAAGAAGCAAAUUAUAAUACAAAUGAAACCUGUUACGCUUCUAUGAUACCAGAAUUUGUAGCGAGGGUUUUAAAUUUGACUGAUUUUCAUGCUACAGAUUCAUCUAUUUCUUGUGUGAAGCAAAUGCUAAAAGAAAAUCUAACACCUUUUCCUUACAAAGUUGCAAAAGCUUUAGAUUUAGAUAUAUACAGGAAUAUUGAAUUUGACACAUGGAAUGAGGUCAGAAGAGAAAUGCGGUAUGGCAAUUGGUACAAUGGUGGUACAAAUUUACAAGUUGGUGUAAAAUGUCUUGUAAAGCUGUCAGAAUCUCAACUAACUUGGUAUCAUUGUCAUAUACAAGAAAUGUCGUCGAGUGGAGAACCAUGUGUUGUUUUUAUAGAAGAAUUAGGCGAAAAAAGAUCAGUACCUCGUGAUUUUUUACAGCCACUGCCUUUGGAGCAGGUUAAACCCUGGGCUUUGCCUUAUCGCCAUUAUAGAAAUUUGGCUUCCACUAUCCAAAAUUCAAAAUUGUUUUCAUUUGCUGAGUAUAAUAAGAUGAAGAAAAGUAGAAUGGGUAAAUCACGCAGGGUUAAGGACUCACAUUUAAGUAAUUCCAAGAAUAAUAUUACUCAAUAUUUAUUACAUAAAAACGAUAAAAAUCAGGCAGAUAACUCGUUGAAUGUGCAAGACAUCAAUAAAAUUGACACUGAUUUUGAUAAACUUAAUAAGCUACAGGAUUACCCAUCUUUUCAAUUUCGAGAAAAUGAUUUGGUGUCUAUGCCAGUUUCAGUAAUUAUAGAUGACACUGGAUCUGCUCUGAACUCAAAUCCCCAACUUAAUAUAAACAAAGUUUCUAGUGAAUCUUUUACGAGUGUAAUGUUUAAUAAUGAAGUGCAAGCAUCAUAUGUUAAUCAAUCAUUUGCCUAUUCAUAUCCCAAUUCAUAUGUUUGGCCUGUAAAUCAAUCUGCUCCUACCUACAUGCCUGAUAUCUCUAAAUCUCAAGUUUGUGCCUUUGAAUCUGAAACUCCAUCUUUUCAAAUGCAAGAAACUGCUAAACCUAUGCAAUAUAUGAACAGUACUGAUAACGUCUCAUCUGAUUCUUUAAAACCGCAAUAUAACUUCCAAGAAAAUUGUAGGAUUGAUGAUUAUACAACCGAUGCUGUUAAUUAUUUAGCACCUAAAAGUACUUUAUUCUCUGGUGCAGAUUUGCCAUUUAAUGAUACUGCAACAUUAAGAUUUUUUUAUAACCUUGGUGUUGAUUAUUUUAAUUCGACAUGCAUUAUUAGGCACCCAUUUAAAGAACUAGAAAAUCGCGCAGACAUAACUAAUCCAAAUGAAGAAAAUGAAAAUAGUUGCAAAUCUACCAUUGUUUAUGAAUACAGUAAUCCAGAUGAGCUAUGCAUGAAAGUUAACAAUAAGUUAUCUUCAGAACUGAAUCUAAAACAUUCAAACAACUUGUUAAUUGAAAAACCUUAUGGUAUGUAUAGCACAAUGGUGCCUUUUUAUCCAGUGGAAGAAGGUAGAAACUUAUAUGUUGCGCAUUAUAUGGGUAUGCCUUUUGGUGUAGUCUCUCCAAGCUUUGAAGGCCAGAUAGAAACUGUAGUGGAUCAGAACUUGAAUGACGCAAAUUUUUCUCGUCCCAUUAUCUAUCAAUCAAAUCAAGUUCCGCUAUUUACUGAGCCUUCUUCACCAGGAUAUUACCGAAAUCAAGUAUGGUAUCCAGCACCUCAGUCUUCUUACUCUGCUCAAGUUCUUCCAUCUAGUCCAUAGUUAUUUCAUGAAAUUUGAAACAUGAAAGCUCUAUAUAUUUUAUAAAGGUAUAGAUAAGUUAAUGAUUAUCAAUCAUAUAGUUACUUCACGUUUUAUUUCUUGAUAAUAAGAAUUAUGUUAUUUU